AUGAUUGCCCUUAUUGUGUUAUUACUGACAGUGGUAACUGUGGCCACUGGUCUUCUGGCUCACUUCUUAGUCUCUGACCAGAAAAUGGAGUAUUAUCAUGGCACCUUUAAAAUUUCAGAUCUACGAGUCAAAAGUAAUUCUGGACAAAGCAGCCCAUACCAGCUUAAGGACUUACAGGAGAUGAGUGAAAACUUGGUGGAUGAGAUAUUUAUAGAUUCGGCCUUCAACAAGCAUUAUAUCAAGAACCAAGUAGUCAGACUGACUCCAGAGGAAGAUGGUGUGACAGCAGAUGUCAUUAUGGUGUUCCAGUUCCCCUCUGCUGAGUUAAGGGCAGUGAGAAAAAGGAAAAUCCAUAGCAUCUUAAAUGAGAAGAUAAGUAACACCAGAGCUUUGUCAAUAAAUGCCUCAUCAGUUGAAGUUAAUGGUUGUGGUAAACGAGUUGUUCCAUUAAUAAUGAACAGAAUAAUGUCUGGAGAGAUUGUGGUCAAGUCUGCCUGGCCUUGGCAAGCUUCCCUUCAGCAUAAUAACAGACAUCAAUGCGGGGCCACCCUGAUUAGUAAUACGUGGCUUGUUACUGCAGCACACUGCUUUAAGAAUAAAGCAAAUCCACAUCAAUGGACUGUUAGCUUUGGAACAACAAUCAACCCUCCAUUAAUGAAAAGAAAUAUCAAAAGAAUUAUUGUCCAUGAGAGGUAUCACUCCCAAGCAAGAGAAUACGACAUUGCUGUUGUGCAAUUAUCACCCAGCGUCACCUUUACUGAUGAGAUCCGAAGAGUUUGUUUGCCAGAAGCCUCUGUGUCCUUCCAACCAAAUUCAACUGUCUAUGUCACAGGAUUUGGAGCACUUUUUUAUGGUGGGGAAUCCCAAAAUGAUCUUCGAGAAACCAGACUGAAAAUCAUAAGUGAUGAUGUGUGCAAGCAGCCACAUAUGUAUGGCAGAGAUAUAAAAUUUGGAAUGCUUUGUGCUGGCUAUCUGGAAGGAAUUUAUGAUGCCUGUGGGGGUGAUUCUGGGGGACCUUUAGUUGGAAAGGAUCUUAAAGAUACCUGGUAUCUCAUUGGAAUUGUGAGCUGGGGAGAUAACUGUGGGCAAAAGAACAAACCUGGAGUCUACACAAAAGUGGCUUAUUACCGAAACUGGAUUACUUCAAGAACGGGCCUCUAA